AUGGCUAGUGACUUAGGUGGCCCGUCAAAGGGCUUAUUGGGUAUUUUUGGCGUGUUAUUAUUUGGUAGUAGUAUCGCAUCCGUUGUUUUGGGUGCAAUAACCUUGUUGAGAUACAUUAAUGUGCCAUAUGAUUUCGGUCAAUUCUCUUUAUAUGCUGCAUCCAUUGCACUUAUUACCAUUGGUGGUUUACUUCUGAUUACUCUGAUAGUUGGUGUUAUUGGUGCAUUAAAUGAUAAUGAAAACCUUCGUCUGGUUACAUUAGUAUUAGUAUUUUUACUAUUUAGUGCAUUAGCUGUCAUUGGGGCUUGGUCAAUGACUUUGGUUAAAACAAAUCGUUUGCAACGUGGUAUUGAUGAGGAUAUUGACUAUUCAAACAAAAUGUAUGCCAACAACUCUGAUGCACAAAAAAAAAGAGUUGAUGAUUUGAAUGCACAGUAUAACUGUUGUGGUAGGAAUAAUUAUACUGACUUCCAAGUUGGUUCAUUACCAGCUUCAUGUUGCAAAACGAAAGAUUGUGAUCCAAAAAAUGUUGAGAGUAUUCAUCAAAAAGGUUGUUCAUCAUCGAAUUAUCCUUCUGAGAAAGUUGAAAAAGUUUUCCGAAUGUCUAUCAUAUCAUUAGCAUGUGCUGGAGCCGUUUUAUUUGGUUUAAUUUUGUAUGGCGUCUUAAUGAAACAUACAAGAGGUUAUGUAGCUGUUAAUCAUUAA